CAUUGAAAUAAACAAAUCUAAAAAUUUGAAAUGGCUGCGUCAAAACCAGCCACUCCACUGGAUCUCAUCAAGACAUUGGAGCUGUCUGGAGAGGAAGAUCUAGAUGAGCAAAUCAAAAACUGGAUUAUUUGGGAUAGGAAUGAGGCAUCCAUCAAUCAGGUAGUGGAGGUAGUUAAGGAACAGGAUUGGCAGGCAUUGCGCCUUCGUCUCUGCCAUCAGAUACAUUUUGAACCAAGUGGUCUGCUGGGUAUUAUGCGUGCCGGUUUUGAUUCAGUAAAUGAUCUUAUAAUAAUACAAACGGCGCAAGGCCUAAGUAAGUUCCUAAUUGAUGCCUAUCCGAGCUUACAAAAACGCGAAACCCAAGGCGUUGUGAUUGGGUACGAUGGUCGCUACAAUAGCAAACGUUUUGCCCAAUUAGUGGCAACGGUCUUCCUAAACGAGAACUUUCGGGUCUACCUCUUUCAGCGCGUAGUCCCCACACCCUUCGUACCCUUCACUGUCAUACGCAAAAAGUGUUUAGCGGGUAUUGUCGUGACCGGCUCCCGCUUUCCCAAGGAGGUUAACGGCAUUUGUGUGUAUUGGACGAAUGGUGCUCUGGUAAUACCGCCUAUAGACAGGAACAUAAACAAUGCGAUUCAGGAGAAUUUAGAGCCAAGGCCAACCUCCUGGGAUUUGUCCGUAUUAGAUCAAAACCCCAUUUUGGAGGACCCCUAUAGAGAAAUCUAUCCAGGAUACUACGAUACCUUGAAAAAAUCAAUUUCGCCUGCUCAUUUGGAGACAAACGAGUGCAGCCAGCUGCGAUUUGUCUACACGGCCAUGCAUGGUGUUGGGUAUCCGUUUGUGAAGGAGGCGUUCUAUCAGGCCCGGCUGAAGCCUGUGAUUGCAGUGCUACAACAACGAGACCCUGAUCCCGAGUUCCCUACGCUCGUCCAUCCAGAUCCUGAGGAAGGAAGGGUGGCCCUGGAGAUGUCCAUAAAGAAGGCCGAGGAGGAACAUUGCACGAUUAUUUUGGCUACCGAUCCGGAUGCUACUAGCUUGGCUGUAGCGGAACUGGAUCCGAAAGGCAGGUGGAAGAUAUUUAAUGGCAAUGAGAUUGGCGCUCUGCUCGGUUGGUGGACGCUCGAGUGUUACAAAACUAGAACCCAAAAGCCCGAUUUGGCGAACUGUGUAAUGAUCUCGAACAUCGUCAGUUCACGGAUACUUGCCGCCAUGGCGAGGGAAGAGGGUUUCAUCUUCGUUGAAACUCUGAGGGGUUUCAAAUGGAUGGGCAACAAGGCUUUUGAGCUCCUAACUCUCGGAAAAAACGUACUGUUCGCCUUCGAAGAAAGCCUUGGCUACAUGAUCUUUUCGAAUUUGAUGGAUAGGGAUGGUGUAAGCGCCGCUUGCCACAUUGCCACUAUGGCCUGUCAUUUACGUACCACCCGCAAUAUUACACUUAUCGAGAAGCUACGCGAAAUUUACGAUAGAUAUGGCUACCAUGCGAGCGUAUGCUCAUAUCUCAUUUCCGAUGAUCCCUCCACAGUAGAAAAGGUUUUUGAGCAUUUGCGAAGCUUCGACGGAGCACCUGGCACUUAUCCCAAAUCGGUACUCGGCGGAGAGUUCCAGGUAAUGAAUGUGCGGGACAUGACUACGGGUGUGGAUACCACGUAUGCGGAUAAUAGAGCUCGGCUUCCAGUCAACAUCAAUCACGAGAUGAUCACUUUUACAUUUACCAGUGGUUUUUCAAUAACACUUCGGGGCGUACCAGAUGAAAACAAGUUGAAGUAUUUUGCGGAGAUUUGUGGACUGCCGGAAGAAAAGGAUUGGGGAGAACUUAGUGAUAAGCUCUACCGCAUGGUUGAUGCUGUUAUCGAUGAAUUCCUACAGCCAAAGAUAUAUGGACUUAGGACAAAUAUGAGCAACGAAUAAUGAUUUACAAAUUUUAGUUCACAGCCAAUCAAAUCAAAUAAAUCUUCAUAAAUGGUACUUAUCUAUUAACAAUA